CUCCAGGAAAACCUGCCCGGGCACGCCAAAAACAGGCCCCCAAACUGGUCCCCCCCAAGCCAGGCGAGAGAGCCAAGCCCCCCAGGCAGCCCCCGCGCCCCGAGACGAGCCUCCCCAGUGUGUCUCUAAAGCGAGAGCUCUCCCCCUCUUCUUUCUUAUGAGUCCAGGAUGAGCAGCAAAGACGACCCCCCGAGCAAGUGUUGUCCCGCAGCAGCUCCGAUCUCCAGUUUCACCAUCCAGUCCAUCUUGGGCGGCAGCAGCACCUCGGAAGGAGGCAGGGAGGCCGCCCCCAAGCAGGCAGCCUCCGCCUGGCAGAGCAGGAAGAGGAGCCUGUCGGUGUCCUCCGAAGAAGAGGAGCCGGAGGAGAGCUGGAAACGCCCCGCGUGCUUCUGCCCCGAUUCGCACGGCCCCAAAGAAACGUGCCACAAACACCAGCCUAUCAGUUUCACGUGUCUCAGCAACCCGAAGGGCAGCGGCGCGGCGAUCGGCUCGGAGCGGACGCCGCCUUUCCUCUCCCAAUCCCAGCAAGACCUGAAGGAAGAGAAAGAGAAGCAUUUCCCUCCCACCUCUCCGACGGCGGGGGACAGACAAAGGGACGGCGGGGACCGGCAGGCCGGCUCGGCCAAGAAGAAGACGCGCACCGUCUUCUCCCGCUCGCAGGUCUACCAGCUGGAGUCCACCUUCGACCUGAAGCGCUACCUGAGCAGCUCGGAGCGGGCCUGCCUGGCCUCCAGCUUGCAGCUGACCGAGACCCAGGUGAAAACCUGGUUCCAGAACCGCCGCAACAAAUGGAAACGGCAGCUGUCGGCCGAGCUGGAGGCGGCCAACAUGGCCCACGCCUCGGCCCAGACUUUGGUGGGGAUGCCCCUGGUCUUCAGAGACAAUUCCCUCCUCCGGGUGCCGGUGCCCAGAUCCAUCGCCUUCCCGGCCCCCUUGUACUACCCGGGCAGCAACCUGUCGGCCUUACCGCUUUAUAACCUCUACAACAAGAUCGACUAUUGA